ACCCCGAAAAAAUCCCUAUAAAAGUGGGCUCAUCUCGAAGCAAAUGCACCAGUUGCUAAUUGAAAUCAUCAGUGAAAGGAACUCCCACGAAAAAAGUUGUUUAAAAUGAUAACAAAGCCAGCCCUGAUCUUGCUUAUAAUUGGAUGUUUCUAUAUCCCAGCCAAUGGACACAAUUCUGAACUACCCGGGGGCCUAGAAAGAUGUUCCGUCAUGGAUGACCAAUGUGUUGCCAAAGGAGUGAGACAUGUUUUAAAAAAUUAUGCAAAGUCAGGAAUUAAGGAUUUAGGACUCGUUCCUUUGGAUCCACUGCAUAUUAAGAAGAUGAAUAUGGGCAAGAAUGCGAAUAGUCCUGUAAGCAUCGAUCUUAAAUUCCAUGAAGUCGAUUUGGUGGGUCUACAAAAUGCGAACAUAAAGAGUGUUUCCGGUUUCUCACGUGAUCUGACAAAACCCAUUGAGUUGGUUAUGGAAGUUCCCGAAAUAGCUUUUCAAGGUCCUUAUGCUGUCGAGGGAAGGGUCUUAAUAUUGCCAAUAGUUGGCAAGGGUUCAUCCAAAAUCGUGCUAACGAAUUGCCAAAUAGUUGGCAAACUGAAAUUUAAGGCCGUUUCCAAGGAUGAGCAUCAUACGUUUGCCGAUUUGAUAGAUGUUAAAUUAUUAAUCAAUCCUGCACAUGUCUCUUAUAAACUGGAUGGUCUUUUUAAUGGUGAUAAGGCCUUAAGUGACAACAUGCACGUCCUCAUCAAUGAAAACUGGCAGGAUAUCUACAAUGAGCUCAGAGGGAGCAUAAGCGAAGCUUUGUCGUUAAUUAUAAAAGCAGUGCUAAAUAGAGUUUUUAAUAAGUUGCCACUUGAAGAACUAUUUUUGGACGUUUAGCUCAUCGAUUGUUAGUUAGAUCAAUUUUACAGUUAAAGGAAACAAAAACAAUUAAUUGUAUUUCAAAUACUUCGCUUAGAACUAUAAAAUCAAAAAUGCAGGAAAUACAUAUAUACGAUAAACAA